AUGAAGCUUUCACUUUUUUGCGUAUCUCUAGCUAUCGCUCAGGUUACAUCCUUUGUUUCCACUGGUGGAAAUCUGGGUGUCCGCCACUCAAGCAGCACCAGCACCGUUAUUACUAGUGUUCUACCGGGUGACGACGAUUGGGCAGGGGAUGUCGUUUCGGGUGGAACCAUUCGUGGAUGUUCGGUACAACAAGUGGGUGAAUCAAUUACGGAUUGGAUUGUUACUAUUGAUGGUGUCGAAGCUGAUUUGGGAAGAUUUAGUGAGGCCAUUUACAAAAAGAUUACAGGUGAUGCCAAACAACAAAGCUUCCAAGGAUUCCGACCUGGAACCAUUCCACCUCAUCUGCAACCGACAUACAAGGCAUUUGCUAUGGACGAGUGUGCUCGGGAGACAGUCUUGGAAGCUAUGCAACAAAACAACAUUCGGCCUUUUACCGACGCUCGAAACGACUUUUUUAUUGAGAGCGUGAGUGUGCCGCCACCCAAGAAGAAGGGUGGAAAGAAGAAAAAGGGUGGCCGCAAAAAGAAGGCAAUGGCAGCGGCGGAAGCACCAGUCGUUGAAGAGCCAGAAUCCGAGCCUCAAUGGAAGACUUAUGAAACCAUGAAGGAGGCAAUUGAUGCUGGAUGGAUUCCCGGGCAGAGCUUCAGUUUCGUUUGUAAAAACGUGAAGGGACAAAAGGUCCUUGCCCCAAAAGAUGUGCAAGGUGCUGAACCAAUAAUGAAGCCUUUUGAUAGAUUAUGA